GGUUGUUGAUACAAAGAACGGAUAAAGGUCUUGGCUGUUAGKCCGUGUUCAACAAACACUACAAAACGAGAUAGCAACUGGUGCUUUAUUUUAACGACACAACUACACUUCUCAACGACAAGUGUCCAAACGAAAAAAAAAUACUAAUAUGUCGGCAUAUGAAGAGAAUGCUUUUCAAAACUAACGKUUUAAGUUCUUCAUUGACUUGUGAUGCACUUCAAAUAGCGGCUUUAAAAUGGUAAUAAUCAAGAAUUUGGCGAAGAGAUGUGAAAGAUGAUGUUCAAGUUUUGGUCAAAAGGUGUCAAUGUAUCGUGGCUAUUCCCACAGCUCUGAUAAGUUUGAAUAAAUGCAAAGAGGGACGAUUUUAUUUUGGACAGCGACAAGCAAACGAGGUUKCUGAUGACGUCACGAUGAGUGAAAGCGUCAAAGUCAUCGCACGAAGUCGGCCUCUCAACGACGCCGAACGAAAAUCGAAAACCCAGAUCGUAGUAAAUAUGGACACAUCGAAACAUCAGUGCUCGAUACGGAAACCUUCCGACUCCGCUAAAGCUAAGAAAGUGUUCACGUUUGACGGAGUCUACGGUUCAACUUGCAGCACUGAUAAGUUAUACUCCGGGAUYGUUCGCCCGAUAGUCCAGGGUGUCCUGGAGGGGUAUAACGGUACGGUUUUUGCAUACGGGCAAACAUCAUGUGGUAAGACAUUCACAAUGGAGGGAGUUAGYGAACCUGAAUCCCAAACUGGAAUCAUUCCUAGAUGUUUUAAGCAUAUUUUAACUAGUAUCCAUGGAAACAGUAGUCGUAGUAACCAAACAUCGCACGGUGUCCAUGGUAAUAGUAGCUAUGGUAACAAUAUCCAUGACAACAGAGAGUAUUUGCUUCACGUGUCGUUCUUAGAGAUCUAUAACGAGGAGAUAAGAGACUUAUUGGUUAAGAACACUGGUUGUAAAUUAGAAAUAAAGGAACAUCCCGAUAARGGAAUGUAUGUCAAAGGUUUAUCGAGUAUAACAGUUGAUUGUUAUGAUGAUAUGAAGGAGAUUUUAGCCAUUGGYUCAUCUAAUCGAUCUGUUGGUGCSACUUGUAUGAACACAGAUUCGUCAAGAUCUCAUUCUAUCUUCAUUAUCGAUCUUGAAAUGAGCGUAUAUCACGGCGAAGGCAAAGAAUUCUUUAGAAAUGGUAAACUUAACCUUGUUGACUUGGCUGGUAGCGAAAGGCAAGGUAAAUCGCUUGCGUCGGGAGAACGAUUUCGAGAAGCGACACGUAUCAAUUUAUCGUUGUCGGCUCUUGGGAAUGUAAUAUCAGCCUUAGUCGAUGGAAAGAUUAAGCAUAUUCCAUACAGGGACUCUAAACUCACUCGAUUGCUGCAGGAUUCUUUAGGCGGGAAUUCACGGACUCUGAUGAUYGCMUGCAUCAGCCCUGGAGCCAAUAACUACGAGGAAACUUUAACAACUYUACGSUACGCCAAGMGAGCAAAGAAUAUUAARAACAGACCCAGAAUCAACGAGGACCCAAAAGACACUUUAAUCAAAAAAUAUCAGGAAGAAAUUGAACARCUAAAGAGAAUUAUAGCUAAAGAGAUCGAAAUCCCUCCUCACAUUGCUUUGGAAAUCGAAGAAAUGAGAAGAAAAAGAGCAUUAAACAAGACUCAGUCUCCAUCUUCACAUCAAAAAGAGAAAACGACCACAAUGACGACGACUACAGUYGAARUCCAAGAGACAGUUCAAACAGAAAUCCUCGAGAAAAAACUCACAAAACCGCACAACCAACUCGGACUSAAAGCGCUAUCAGACAUCAAAGCGCAGCUAUCUGUUGAACGAAGGAUAGAAUAUGAGGCUUAUCAAACAGUUUUAGAACAAAGCGAGUCUAGAAUGACGUCACGCCUAAACAAYAGCGCAUGCUCAUUAACUCUAGACUACCCGGUAAACUCUCCACUCGACGAGCAUCGAUUUCGAUGCGUUUCGACAUCGACAGACGAUUUAUUGAGUCUACAAAGUGGUUUGACGUCAGAGCUCUCUUCUGAUGAUGAUGAUAUCUUUGACGAUGAAUGGAGCAUUAGAGAAAAUGCGUUGUUUAGAGAAAUAGGAGACGGUGAUUCACGUAGCGCGUCGCCAUUCAUCGGUGAAAUAGAGAAGGAUAACAAUUUUACCAGGCCCCCUGCAAAUAGGAUGCCRAUAUUUAUAGACGAGGAGGGUCCUGUAUCGAUGAACUACUGUAAUCUGUGCUUAGGAAUUUCAUUCUUCGGAGAGAAACUUGCUGCAAAGGCUUUAAUGUCGUCAUGACGUCGGAAAUUACGAUUACUAUCGGCAUAAAGUCGUCACGUCAUCGGUAGUGGGAAAAAAGUGCUGGUCACACAGUAGACUUCAAAGUUAUUCAUGACACUAAAAGUAAUUUAAUGCUAAAUAUUUUUGGUAAUCUAAGGCUAGGCUUCUAUUCUAAUUUAUUUUUUUAAAGCGAAAUAAAAUGUACAGUAUAUAUCAUGGUAUUUCUACUUCCUUUUCACAGUGAUUAAAAGUAAAAUUGUGAGACAAAUUUUAUCACAAUUUUGUUAGUAGUCGAUCUGCCUUUAGUUGUUUAUACAGACAGGUAGAUUGUUUCAUCCUCAUAAAUCUUGCAGACAAUGUGCUGAAUUUUGUCUAUAUUAUAAAUGUAUAAAAAWUAUAUGAAAAGAAUAAAUGGAUAUUAUAUAUGAGAAGAAUAGACUGAAGUUAUUAAUGUUUGCUGGUCAGCAAUUUUUUGGGUUGUGYGGRCUGGAGAUGAAAUCCCUCUUCAUUAUGAUGGAAUAAUUAUGUUUUGGGGUAACGAACAGUACAGUUAGUGGUCAUAUCAAACAGAAAAAAAACAAAAAAGAUAUAACUUGAACUUACAAC